AUGAAUGUUUAAAAGAAAAAGUUCAGCCUGGCAAAUGCUCAUUUGAAGUUUUAAAUUCUAAUUAUGCAAAUCACAUAAAUAAUCUUCUGGAAAUAAUUGUUUUUUAAUGUAUAAAUGCUAGUUAUUUUUAUUGAAUAUAAAGUUGAAAGAAAAAGAAUAGCACUAUAAAAAUGA